AAACAGGCUCCAAAUCGACACGAUCCAGCUCAGCUCAGCUAGAGUUUAUUAUUUUUCAAUUCUUCCCAGUUUAAGCUGUUUAUUCCCAACAAUCACCACUAAGCCACUAUGAACGAGCCGCUGAAUACAAAACAAUCAAACGACCAGUGUACUGCAUCGGAAUGGGUUAGCGAAAACCACCUGCCCUGGUACCAGAGGACGAUUAUCAAGAUCCUGAAGGCGGGUGCCAUUCCGCGGCACGUUGCCUUUAUUAUGGACGGCAACAGACGCUUCGCCCGCAAGGAAAACAUCGAAAAAGCCGAAGGUCAUUCCAAGGGAUUCGAUAAGCUAUCGGAAACGCUACAGUGGUGUCUGGAUAUCGGUAUCGAAGAGGUCACGGUCUACGCUUUCAGCAUAGAGAACUUCAAGCGCAGCCAGGAUGAGGUGGAUAGUCUUCUGAAUCUAGCAAAGGAAAAGUUCAAUCGACUGCAUCGGGAAACUGAUAAGCUGCGCGAGCGUGGCAUUCGUAUUCGGGUGAUUGGGAAUAUAGGCCUCCUCCCCGUCAGUGUGCAAAAAAGCAUAAGGACAGCGGUUUUAGAAACCGAAAACAAUAGCAAGGCAUUCUUGAAUGUUGCCUUUGCUUACACCUCUCGGGACGAGAUGACACAUUCCAUUAGAGCGGUUGCGAAAGGCGUUUAUGCGGGGCAAUUGUGCGAGGACGAUAUCGACGAGCACCUGCUGGAGCAAUGCAUGUACAGCAGAGAAUGCUCCAAGCCGGAUCUGUUGGUGCGAACCUCGGGCGAGGUACGGUUGAGCGAUUUUCUUCUCUGGCAAACCAGCUCGGCGGUGAUCUACUUUACCGAGACGCUGUGGCCGGACUUCAACAUUUGGCAUCUGUUCGGGGCUGUGUUUUACUACCAACGGUGCCGCUGGCAAAUAGAUGCAAUCGCACCAUCCAAUCAAAAGGAAGACGAAACCGAUGAUAGUCAAAGCCAUAGCAAAGAAGUGGAAAGCGGGAAGCUGCAACGAGUUCAAAUGUUUUUGAAACAUUUUCAUAAUCUCUAUCGUCAUAAAAUUCUAUCAAUUGGUAGAGGAUUUCCAAUAGAUUUUUCUUAAAAGUAAAAAGCAGUUCAAUGUGUAAUAGCUACACUUUCGUGUUUUUCUU